ACUCUCUUCACGCAAAUGCAUACCACCAUUUUUAUCCAACAGUGAUGAUGAUCAUCAAGUAGCUUGCUUGCUUGCUUCUUCUUCUUCUUCUUCUUCUUCUUUAGAUAUUUGGGGUGUUUUUAUUUUUUUAUAAACUAUCUUGGCGUGGAGAUAACUAUGUUUCCGAGACUACUAGUCUUUCUCGUAGCUCUUCUGAUUCAAUCUUCUUUUCUUUUAGAGAUAUCCUCUGCUCUCAAGGAGGGGAAAACAUGUAUAGCAGACAGAAACUGUGACGCUGGAUUACACUGUGAAACAUGUAUAGCCAACAGUAGUUUCAGACCCAGAUGCUCCCGAACUCAACCCAUCAACCCCAUCUCCAAGGCAAAGGGAUUGCCUUUCAACAAGUACUCAUGGUUAACAACACACAACUCCUUUGCUCGAUUGGGGGAAGUAUCAAGGACCGGUUCUGUCAUUUUGGCACCUACUAAUCAGCAAGAUUCGAUUACAAGCCAACUCAAUAAUGGUGUAAGAGGGUUUAUGCUCGACAUGUAUGACUUCCUAAACGAUGUCUGGCUUUGCCAUUCUUUCGACGGAAUGUGUUUCAAUUUCACCGCUUUCCAACCGGCGAUUAAUAUUCUAAGGGAGUUUCAAGUGUUUCUAGAGAAGAACACAGAGGAAGUUGUAACAAUUAUCAUCGAAGACUAUGUGAAAUCGCCUCAAGGUCUCACAAAAGUGUUUGAUGCAGCUGGGCUACGUAAGUUCAUGUUUCCAGUAGCUAGAAUGCCCAAAAAUGGAGGGGAUUGGCCAAGGCUUGACGACAUGGUACGACAAAACCAACGGAUGUUAGUUUUCACAUCCGAUUUACGUAAAGAAGCAACCGAAGGGAUUGCUUAUCAAUGGAACUAUAUGGUUGAGAACCAAUAUGGAAAUGGUGGGUUGAAGGCAGGAGCGUGUCCGAAUAGGCCACAAUCAAAACCGAUGAGCGAUAAAUCAAAAUCUCUUGUUCUUGUGAACCAUUUCCCUGAUGCCGCGGAUGUGAUAGUAGCAUGUAGACAAAACUCGGCUUCUCUUCUUGAAUCUAUCAAGACAUGUUACCAAGCAGCUGGACAGCGUUGGCCUAACUUCAUAGCAGUCGAUUUCUACAAGAGAAGCGAUGGUGGAGGAGCUCCGCAAGCAGUUGAUAUUGCUAAUGGCAAUUUGAUGUGCGGUUGCGAUAACUUUGCAUCGUGCAAGGCUGACGGCAAGUGUGGACAGUAAGAUAAACUGAGUCACCGUACUAGAAGCAACACCCAUAACCAAAGGCUUUCUGUGUUGGUUGUGUCACCUUUGUGUUAUUUCUUCUCCCAUAAAACUUGUAGUGUAGUAAUUGUUAGCUUUUGUUUUUGGAUUUUUUUACAGAUUAGUGUAAUGGUUAGUUUCAUUGUUCUAUAUUUCCUAGUCAUAUACGAACUAGUCAGAUUAUAA